UUUACAAUGUGUUGAAAUCGAAUUCAGCGUGUUUUAGUUCCCAAGAUUGUGUCGCUUUGUUCAAGUUGCUUCUGUUGGUAAUAAUUAAAUAGCUAUUAAUCUCUCUCUCUCUCUCUCUCUCUCUCUCUCUCUCGUGGGGGUCUCUUCUUCUUCUAUUUCGUUCGUCAUCGUCUAAAAACACACAGCCGGAGAUGGAAUCAAGACCGACCUCUAUCGUCGGUGUGAAGGAGGACAUGAAAGAGGAGGUUGUGCGACUAGGAGUUGAGCUAUCCCUAAAUGUGGCUCAGUCGAUGUUCUUGUUGUGUGAUGACAUUCGCACUAUGUUAUGGUUUUGUUUUAAAAUACGGAGAGAUGCAAACAUGGUCGCAACUAAUGGCACUCACGUGAUGGAUAGGCUGCUUUGUGUUAUGCAAUAUGUCUACACAAAGUAUAUCAAACCCAAGAAUGGAGCAUAUCGAAUAGAUGGCAACAAUUCGGUCCAAUGGAGAUUGAUCUGGCCGACUCAUCUGAAUUUUGCUCAUGGAUUCGUGUUUUUGGAUCGCCUUGUCCAUGUUCUCCAAUCAGGAGGAACAUGUGGCCGAGAGUUUACGUCCCCUGUUGAACAAGAGGUGAAGAAGAUAGUGGAGACGUUGGGGUGUGCCAAGGGCGAUUCAGAGGCGAAUGGGUUUGCCUGGGAUGAGAUGGAAUCUGACAUUUUGGACAUGUGGAGGUCUCUCUAUGACACAGAAGCUAAGGAAGCAACACCGACUCAAAUUGACUUGUUUCUCCCUCUAUAUCACGAACUGGAGAAGGAAUCAAGAUUGACCUCUAUUGUUCUGCGUCCUAUCCGUCCUUGGGCGGGCUCUAGGACGGUCUCUGGGAAGGAGGACAUGAAAGAUGAGGCUGUGCGACUAGGAGUUGAGCUAUCCCUACAUGUGGCUCAGUCCAUGUUCGUGUUGUGUGAUGACAUUCGCACUAUGUUAUGGUUUUGUUUUAAAUUAUGGAGAGAUGCAAACAUGGGCGCAACUAAUGACACUCACGUGAUGGAUAGGCUGCUUUGUGUCAUGCAUUAUGUCUACACCAAAUAUAUCAAACCCAAGUAUGGAGUAUAUCAAAAUGAUGGCAACAGUUCGGUCCAAGUGGGAUUGAUUUGGCUGACUCAUGGGAAUUUUGCUCAUGGAUUUGUGUUUUUGAAUCGCCUUGUCCAUGUUCUCAGAUCAGGAGGAACAUGUGACCGAGAGUUUACGUCUCUUGUUAAAGAAGAGGUGAAGAAGGUAGAGGAGAAGUUGGGGUGUGCCAAGAGCGUUUCAGAGGCGAAUGGGUUUGCAUGGAAUGAUAUGGAAUCUGACAUUUUGGACAUAUGGAAGUCUCUCUGUGACACAGAAGCUAAGGAAGCAACACCGACUCUGAAAACCAUAAAGACUGACUUGUUUCUCCCAAUAUAUAACGAAGCAUAUCCACCUAAGCGACUAGUUUCUAGGCGAUAAUGAUUUUAGUUAUGUGUUUCCGUUAAUUAUUAUUUAGAGAAAUAUAAUUCUCACCACUUCUGUUAUCUUGUCUAAUACUCUUCUCUUGUCUUACUACAUAAACAUAAGUUAACCAAAUG